AUGUGGAAGGAAAAUAUCACCCAUAUUAGUGAGUUCACCCUUUUGGGGUUCCCUACUUCCCCUUGGCUGGAGGUGCUGCUUUUCCUCCUCUUCCUCAUCACCUACCUGUUUGUGCUGUUGGAAAAUUUGGUCAUCAUCCUCACUGUAUGGGUCACUGAGUCCCUGCACAAGCCCAUGUACUAUUUUAUGGGCACCAUGUCUUUUCUGGAGACCUGGUAUAUGUCUGUCACAGUGCCCAAGAUGCUGGCUGGGUUCCUACUUCGUCCCAAUACCAUCUCUUUCCUGGGAUGCAUGACCCAGCUCUAUUUCUUCAUCUUUCUAGCCUGUACUGAAUGUGUGCUCUUGGCUACCAUGGCCUAUGACCAUUAUGCACCUAUAUGUUGGCCUCUUUGCUAUCCAGUCAUGAUGACCACAGGAUUUUGUGUUCAGCUGACCAUCAGUUCCUGGGUGAGUGGUUUCACCAUCUCCAUGGAAAAAGUAUACUUUAUCUCUCAAGUUGCCUUCUGUGGCAAUAAUAUCUUGAAACAUUUUUUCUGUGAUGUGUUCCCCAUCCUCAAACUGGCCUGCAUGGACUUUUCUAUGGCUGAGAUGGUCGACUUUGUGCUAGCCAUUGUCAUCCUUAUGUUUCCUCUUUCAGCCACUUCCCUCUCCUAUGCCUUCAUUGUCUCCACCAUCCUCUACAUUCCCUCAGCCACUGGGAAGAGGAAGGCCUUCUCCACCUGUGCCUCUCAUCUUACAGCAGUGGUCAUAUUCUACACAGCUGUGACCUUCAUCUAUGUCCAACCUCGGGCCAUUACUUCAUUCAAUUCUAACAAAUUUAUCUCAGUCAUAUAUGCAGUCUUUACUCCCAUGCUCAACCCUAUCAUCUACUGCCUGAAGAACAAGGAGGUCAAAGAUGCCAUCAGAAAAACCACGGCAAGUGGCCAAUCCCUUUUCUUGAGAGAUUUUCUUUGCUGA